CUUGUUCUAUCCAUUUCCAACCCAAGCUUCACCAAAAUAAACAAACACCAUUCAAUCUUCUCCUUCUUCAUCACAUAACCAAAAAAUCCCAUUUCCCACCAAAAAAUGCCUUCUUCUUCUUCUUUGAACUCAUAACAACAAGAACAACCAACAAAAACACCUUCUUCUUCUUCUUCAAUGGAUGGAACCCUUUUCCCAUCUCGCCCAGUGUACCCGGUCCAUGGUAGCUCCUCAAACACAAAACCCACAAAUCCUCCAUGGCAGCUCAACCCCACCACCCCUCUUCCUCCUCCUCCUUCCUCCUCUUUCCCCAUUGACUCUCUUCUUCACCAUCUCUCGUCCAAUCUCCCAAAACCCCAUUACUCUUCUCUCCAAAUUUCCCUCAAACCCACCUCCAUUUUCGUCCCCCACUUCCAAUCCGAUGACGGGCUUCUUGAAUUCUUGACAACAAAGGGUAAGAUGAUCUUCAACUCCAUUAUAGACUUAUCUUUGCAUGAUUUAAAUGGGUUUUUUGACUCUGUGAGGAAUGAUUUGGUUGAGAUUGAUUUGAUUAGUUUGUUGAAGGCUUUGGACCUUUCUGGCAACUGGGAAAAGUCUCUUUUGUUGUUUGAGUGGGUUUUGGUGAAUUUGUGUCCUGAUUAUGUGAAGCUUAAUAGUCAAGUUAUUGAACUUAUGGUUAGGAUUUUAGGUAGAGAGUCUCAACAUACUAUUGCCUGUAAGCUGUUUGAUGAAAUUCCUGUGGAGGAAUUUUCGCUCGAUGUUCGAGCUUACACCACUAUAAUCCACGCCUACUCGCGUACCGGCAAGUAUGGGCGGGCCAUUGCCAUUUUCGAGAGGAUGAAGGAGAGUGGCUUGUCACCGACUUUGGUUACGUACAAUGUGAUGCUUGAUGUUUACGGGAAGAUGGGGCGGUCGUGGGGGAAGAUUGUCGAGCUUUUGGAUGAGAUACGGGGUAUGGGGCUUGAGUUUGAUGAGUUCACUUGUAGUACUGUGAUAUCUGCUUGUGGGAGAGAGGGCUUGUUGAGUGAGGCGAAGGAGUUCUUUGCCGGGCUGAAGUUGCGGGGUUAUGUCCCGGGAACGGUUACUUAUAACUCGUUGUUACAAGUUUUUGGGAAGGCGGGGAUAUUUUCUGAGGCCUUGAGUAUCUUGAAAGAAAUGGAGGAUAACAAUUGCCCUGCUGACUCGGUUACCUACAAUGAGCUUGUGGCCGCUUAUGUGAGGGCAGGGUUUUAUGAGGAAGGCGCUGCUGUGAUAGACACAAUGGCACAAAAGGGCGUGAAACCAAAUGCUGUUACGUACACUACUGUUAUAAACGCGUAUGGAAAGGCGGGAAAAGAGGACAAGGCUUUGAGGCUGUUCAACCAGAUGAAGGAGACGGGUUGUGUCCCUAAUGUUUGUACGUACAACGCUAUUUUAGGGAUGCUAGGUAAGAAGUUGCGGUCGGAGGAGAUGAUACAAAUACUCUGUGACAUGAAGUCAAGUGGGUGUGGCCCUAAUCGGAUUACCUGGAACGCGAUGCUCGCCAUGUGCGGUGACAAGGGCAAGCACAAGUAUGUGAACCGUGUUUUUCGGGAAAUGAAGAACUCUGGUUUUGAGCCGGAUAGGGACACAUUCAAUACUUUGAUAACUGCUCAUGGACGGUGUGGAUCAGAAAUUGACGCGACACUGAUGUACGAUGAGAUGAUCAAAGCGGGGUUUAGUCCAUGUGUGACGACGUACAACGCGCUUCUCAAUGCACUGGCUCGGCGAGGAGACUGGAAAGCGGCUGAAUCUAUUCUCCUAGACAUGAAAAACAAGGGGUUCAAACCUAAUGAGACAUCGUACUCGUUGAUGCUCCAAUGCCAUGCAAAGGGAGGGAAUCUGAAAGGGAUACAGAAGAUUGAAAAGGAGAUUUAUAGCGACCAUAUUUUUCCGAGCUGGGUUCUUUUGAGAACACUCAUUCUUGUGAACUUCAAGUGUAGAUCCCUAAAGGGCAUGGAAAGGGCAUUUCAGCAUUUGCAAAAGAACGGAUACAAACCUGACCUGGUCUUGUUUAAUUCUAUGCUAUCGAUUUUCGCGAGAAACAACCUGCACGACCGAGCCCACGAGAUGCUGCACUUGAUCGGCGAGAAUGGCCUGCAGCCUGAUCUUGUCACCUACAAUAGCUUGAUGGACAUGUACGCAAGACGGGGCGCGUGUUGGAAGGCGGAAGAAAUCCUCAAGGGGAUACAAGAAUCCGGGGGGAAACCGGACCUUAUCUCCUAUAAUAUUGUCAUCAAGGGAUUUUGCAAGCAAGGGCUUAUGCAAGAGGCCAUAAGGGUUCUCUCCGAGAUGACGACAAGUGGGAUCAGGCCGUGUAUUUUUACAUACAACACGUUCGUGACGGGCUAUGUGGGGAGGGGGAUGUUUUCGGAGGUCGACGAAGUAAUUAGGUACAUGAUUGAGAACAAUUGCAGGCCAAAUGAGCUGACAUACAAGAUUGUGGUAGAUGGUUAUUGCAAAGCAGGAAGGUACAAAGAAGCAAUGGACUUUGUCUCAAAUAUUAAGGAGGUUGACAAUUCUUUUGAUGACCAUUCUGUACAAAGACUUGCUUCAAGAAUUAGGGAAAAGUUGGACUCCUGAAUUUGUUACUAUCUCUAGUAAUUAUGGCCUUUUU